AUGUCGCCCGUAAGCGACCCACAGAUACAUCGCCCUAACUCUGUGGACCAGCGAGGGCUACCGCCUCUCGAACGGGGGCGGCCAAAGAGGCUAGCUCAAUAUUUGCGAAUUAGGACAUUAAAUGUUGGGUCCAUGACAGGAGGAGGCCGGGCUCGGGCAGAUAGAGAUAUGAAUGGCCAUGUUGGCAGCGGCAAUGAUGCCAUCAGUCGCAUACAUGGAGGAAAUCCUUGUGGAAAUGGUGAUGAGGAUGGAGAGAAGGGAACUGACCUAGGUUUAUCUUUUGAUAUGGUAAUAGGAAAUACCUUAUUCCGUAAGAGAAAUGAACACCUUAUUUCUUACAAAAGUAAUGAUGGAGCAAGUCAAAUUGACUUCCUUUUAUAUCGAAGGAGAAACAUUAGGGAGAUUAAAAACUGCAAAGUAGUACCUGGAGAUCAUGUGACUGAGCAGAACCGCUUGGUUGUCACUGAUCUCACCAUAGAUGUCUCGCAGAAGCAGAAAAGGAAAACUACAACUCAGAGAAGGAUAAAACGGUUUAAACUAAAGGAAAAUGGUUUCCAACAAGAGUUCAAAGCCUGA